CAUGGCGAGUUCCUUAAGGAAGGGGUGGGGGCGUCAGAGGCUGGGGAAAAGGGCCUGAGAACAAGCCCUCCAGACGACCCCACCGGCAAAAAGCGUGAGGUUAGUGGGAAGUCCAACCAGAGUUGCUGAGGCUAGGGAGGCCUGUCCUGCCGUGGAGAAGCCGGUUGGGGCUACAGAAAAGAAAGGUACUGGGUAGAAGUGGGAAUGGAACUCCUCUGUCAGCCCUCCUCCCAAAGGUAUGACACUUUUCUGGGAUUGUCAUAUUUCCUUAUUCUUUUUUUGGACUGGGCGGGCUUCAUCGUUCUUUUUCCUUCUGUGGAGCAGGACGGCAGCCACUCCCCGGGGAGCUUCUGUCCCCAGAGAUCAGACUUGCCGCCUGUCUGGCCUCUCCCAGUCCAAGCUUGAGGGCCAAAGCCUGGGGACUGGGAAAGGAGAGGAGCACCUCAAAAACAGGAUGAGGGGCAGGAUGACCUUAAUUCAGAUCCUGUGGCCCCCCCCCCCAGAGAGAAGGGAGGCAGCCCAGGGGUGCCUGCAGCUGGGAAGAGUGGCUGACUCCCACCUCCGCACCAAGCUGGCCCCAGCAGACCACAGACCCCACACCCCACACUGUCUCCUCCAAUUCAGAACUGGUUGGAGAUGGAGCCUCCAAGGGACUGUCUGCAGGGUGGGGGUGUAGAGGAGGAAGAGGAGUUCUGGGUAGCCACCGGACCUCAGGCUGCCACGCCCCUUCCUUUCCCUAGAAGCUUGAUGGGGAGGGAAGCCCAGCUGUGGGCUACUUCUAUGUUCCCUUCAGCUCUGCUCCUUGGGAGCCUGUGGGACCUACCAUCUCAAAGGAAGCCAGGCAGGUAGUGAGGUGCCCUAAGUGUGCAGAACUUGAGGCACUGUCUCCUCCUAGCCACCACUCAAGGAGUCCUGAGAGACUGGAGAGGCCAAACUGGGAGGAAACAGGAUGAAAAGCGGGAGGGGCAGCAGGAGGAUGGAAAUUAAAUGAGAACGCAAACAGACUGUGAGCCCCUGACUUCUGAAAGGGAAGGGGUAGACACGAGAAAAGGGCUCCAGGCCUGGGGGAGGGCAUUCAAAACUGUUUCCAGGAUGCUGAUUGGCCACCUUGCUCCAUCGUCCCCCUCCCAAACACCGGGAUUUGAGGUGACUUGGGGGAGCACCCUGGAACUCUCCUGUGAGGGUGUAGCUCAAACUCUGGGAAGGGAGAACCCAACCACUGAACCCCCAGUAGAGACCUCCUGAGGUUUCAACCCCCAACAUUGCUGCCCCAACUUCCUGGGCUAGGACUCCUACAGGUUUUGCAACCUGGAAACCCUAUGCAAGAAUGAAAGAAAACCCAGGUGAAGAUGGGGGUUGUCGGGGGCAGCUGAGGACCAAAGAACCUUGUUCCCUGGGUACACAUUCCUCACUAGUGCAGUCCCCAUGCUUUGCACCCCCAGGAGGCCCAGCCCAGAGUCCCACUCAAGUCCCCAAGGCCCCUAGCUGUCCUCAGGCCUCUCUUCUUGUGAAGUACCUAUACCCACCUCCCUGCCCACAGUCUGAGGCAGAAGCACCCUAGAGGGAGGAAGUGGCUUGGAAUGUCUGAUACCCAUGCACCAGCCUGAAGCCUCAGCCCCCUUGGGAGGGGCCAGGAGCCGGAAGCCAAGAAAGAGGAACCCAGGCUUCCGGCUUCCCAGGGACUGAGCGAAUGGGGGUGUCCAGAAUCCCAUGUGGGUCUCAGAUGAGACCCAACCUGAAAUGAGGAGCUAAAGAAACUGCUGCAGCCUCCUCUACACUAACCUGGACCUCCUCACAACCCUGGUGUGGGCUGGGGUGGAGUCAGAGUGCCCAUGUACUCAGGUUGGGUGGGCAGGGCUUGGUGAACAGAGAAGAGAUCCUCUCAGGAUCGCUGAAGGGGAGUUGGGGGGGAAGGGGAACAGGUCACAGGUGCUCAGUCAGAACUCGGCUCCUCUCCCUAACCCCCCAGGCUGUGGUGAGGGUCCAGAGCUGGCACCACGGAGCCUGGGCGACCCCUUCCACCCACCCAUGCCCACCCCGCAUGAGGCUGAGAAGCAGGUACGCCAUUUCCUAGACACCUGGGGGCCAAAGGGUCAUGCCCUUAGGAGCCCAACCACUGGGGCGGAGUGGGCAGGGGUACAGGGUUCUGGCCUGGAGGCUGAGGAGGCCCCAUCUUCCCCAGCAUACAGGGCCAGAGGAGGCGGACAGGCCCCCCUCGAUGUCCAACCAUGACACAGCACCCCCACCAGCCCCCAGCCGCAAUCCUUGCUGCUUGUGCUGGUGCUGCUGCUGCAGCUGCUCCUGGAACCAAGAGCGGCGGCGAGCAUGGCAGGCCUCCCGGGAGAGCAAGCUGCAGCCCCUCCCCAGUUGCGAAGCUUGCACCCCCCCAAGCCCGGAAGAGGUACAGAGCUGGGCUCAGUCCUUUGACAAGCUGAUGCACAGCCCAGCGGGCCGCAGUGUGUUCCGGGCAUUCCUGCGCACUGAGUACAGCGAGGAGAACAUGCUCUUCUGGCUGGCCUGCGAGGAGCUGAAAGCAGAGGCCAACCAGCACGUGGUGGAUGAGAAGGCUCGGCUCAUCUACGAGGACUACGUGUCUAUCCUGUCCCCCAAGGAGGUGAGCCUGGACUCCCGUGUGCGGGAGGGCAUCAACAGGAAGAUGCAGGAGCCGUCAGCUCACACGUUUGAUGAUGCACAGCUGCAGAUCUAUACACUCAUGCACCGGGACUCCUACCCUCGAUUUCUCAGCUCUCCCACCUACCGUGCCCUGCUGCUUCGUGGAGCCCCACAGUCCUCCUCUGAGGCCUAGGCCACCUACCUGGGUGGCACAGACACUCCACCCCUCCUGUAAGCAGACUCAGGGUUCACACCUGGAUUCCACCUGGCUGGCUGGGAAUCCCCAGCCCUGGAGGCAGACCCAGUCCUGGUGGAAUAUGCCACACUCCCUGGUUUGCCCUUGCCUGGUCCAACAGCUCCAGCCGUAGGGUGGGCUGGGGGCCCCUCCCAGGAGGAAGCUUGGAACUAUAGCCUCACUGGGGCUGCCUCCCAGGCAACCGUGUACCCAUGACAUUCCUCUGGUAGAGACAGAACCUCUACACCAUCUGGUUUACAGCAAGAGAUAUUCUUGCUUGAGUAGUCUGCACCCCAGAACCUCAGAACCAGAUGUGGAACCUCAGAAUGAAGCUCAAGUGACAGGGCCCAAUUAUAUUUUAUAUGUUCAUGAACUUUAAACCUGGUAACAUAUCCUUACUGUUUAUCAAAAAAGAGAGAAAAAUGUUUCCAAAUUCAUUUUCAUUCCUCCAAGCACCAAAAACAGGCUUAUUCUUGAAGAUAUUUCUAAAGCAGAAGCCUCUGUUCAUCCAUGUUCAGGGAAGUUAGAGAAGUGGAUCAUGCCAGAUUCUGCCCUGUGCCUGGCCCUGGCCCUAUCCCACAGCAGUGGCCCCAGUAAGUGACUGUGCUCAGCCUUGGCCUUCCCACUCUGAAAUGGGUCAGCACCUUGCAAAGACUUUAAGAUGUGAUGGGAAGUACUUCCCAGGCCCUAAGUGGACCAUCUCCCACGGGGCCUGGCUGGGGCAGGGCUGAUGAGAUGACCUUCCCAAGAGUUCCUUGGUGCUGGACACAAUGUCAUCUUCAUCUCAGUAGUGAGGCAACCAGUCACCACUCCAUUCCUGAGUUUUUGAGAGCUUAAAUAUUUGGAGCUAGAAUUGGCCCAGGGCCCAGAGACUUUCCAUCCCUGUGGGAUGAGUUCCACUCUUUCCUGAAGCAGAGUGCUGGAUGAGGUGAGCCAUCCUAAGAACGGCAGGCCCUGGGCUGCCAUACCUGAGGAGGAUGGAUGUUUACUGGAUAGUGUCCUGGUUUAACUGGGGCCCCACAUAGAACCCUCCUCACCUUCCCAGACAGCCAGUUUGGUUGGACCUGGUCCACACAUGGAUGUACAUGUGCACAUGUGAGAGGUACAGGCACCACUGCCCAGCAUCCUACAAUCACAUGGCACAGGUAUGAGGGCUAAUCAAGCUCUUGCCUCCAGUGCUGCCCCACCAGG